AGAGACGCGCGCUCGACAGUUUCGACCCGCCUUCGCCUUUCGCGCUCUCGAAUCUCGAUCCGGUGGCCCACGGCAACAACUCGUUAUCUCGCUCUUUCUCUCUCCCACUAUAAACCGCCUAUCGGUGUGUGCAUCUCUCGGCAUUAGCAGCUCGCUGACUCGCUCUCUCGUGAAAGCAGCCGCAGAGCUGGGAGGAAUCGCCAGAGGCGAGAAUAGUGACUGGGGCCCCGUCGCCGGAAAAAAGGCCGAACGAAGAAGAGCCUCGUCGGAAAGCCGCUCGAGUGCAGAGAGAUCGCGACAGGCGCCUGCGUGUACAUACAUACGUUCAUACGUACCUAUAGCGCGAGUGCGAGACGGCGGCUGAGAAAAGGCGUGCGCGCACGCUUGUUGUAACAACGUAUAGAGCGGAGCGACGACGACGACGACGAGGGGGGAAGAAACGAGUACUCGGUACAGUGUGUAUAUACUAUAUCUAUUGUGUAGUCGAGAAGUAGCAGCAGCAGCUCGCGAGCAGAGAGUGGCUGCACGCGCGCGCGCGCGUCAUUCCGCGACCCCGUUGAAGAGAAACAGUAGUGCGAGUGUGUGUGUGUGUGCCUCGCGAGUAUUAUCGCCUUUUUCGCGAGUGCGCGCCGGACAUGAGAAGCUCCGAAAUCGCGUUGGACCGCCCCGGCCGCCACUUCGUCCUCCAAGACACCGCAGCAACAGCAGCAGUAGCAGCCGGAUCUUUCUAAGUCGAAGCAGCGCAGCGGCGUAGACAACAACAAGGUCAACGCUCGGCAUGCCCCAGCAGCAGUAGCAGUGACCAGCAGGUGCAGUACCGGCGCAUUUCGACGAUCAAUGCAGGCGCUCGCGGUGAAGAGUGCCAGCAGCAGCAGCGACAACAGCGGCCGCACCGCUAGCAGGUAGCAAGCAGCAGUGGAGCGAGAGGCUGAUGAACCUUGGCCCCACCGUCGUCGUCGGGAAAGAAGAAGCCAGCCUCCCAGCCAGGAUGUUCCGCUCCAAGAUUAGGAUACACACCUGCCAGGUGAUCCUGCUGACGUCGCUCGUCUGGUUCCUCGUCGACGUCAUGGUCCUCAUGUUCUACUCGGACUGCAUCAACGGCUCCGGCUGGAACUGCCAGUCCGUCGACUCGGCGGCCCACGACAAGCGGCACGAGCAGCACGACGAGCUCUUCGACGAGUCCGAGCGUCGCACCGAGGCGCUCUCCAUGCAGCAGCAGCAGCACGACCCCGACGUCAGGACGUACAAGCCCAGCGAGCUGAAGCUCUGGAGGCCGGCCAAGGUCGUGCGCGAGAUCCGCGACAGUCCCGGCGAGAUGGGCAAGGCCGUGCACAUACCGCCCGAGCAGGACGCCAUCCAGCAGGAGCUCUUCAAGCUCAACCAGUUCAACCUCAUGGCCAGCGACAUGAUAUCGCUCAACCGCUCGCUCAAGGACGUCCGGCUCAGCGGCUGCAAGAGCAAGAAGUUCCCGAAGCUUCUGCCCGACACCAGCAUCGUCAUCGUCUUCCACAACGAGGCCUGGAGCACGCUGCUCAGGACUGUCUGGUCUGUCAUCAACCGCUCGCCGAGGGCUCUGCUCAAGGAGAUUAUUCUCGUCGACGACGCGAGCGAGCGAGAACACCUGAAACAGAAGCUCGAGGACUACGUUGAGACUCUUCCCGUGCCUACCUACGUCUACAGAACGGAGAAACGUUCAGGACUCAUUAGAGCUAGAUUACUCGGAGCCAAGCAUGUCAAGGGCCAAGUCAUUACGUUUUUAGAUGCCCAUUGCGAGUGUACAGAGGGCUGGCUCGAGCCUUUGCUUGCUAGAAUCGCUCACGACAAGAAAACCGUAGUUUGCCCGAUCAUCGACGUUAUUAGCGAUGAUACCUUCGAAUACAUAACGGCUAGUGAUAUGACGUGGGGCGGUUUCAAUUGGAAACUUAACUUUAGAUGGUAUAGAGUAGCCCAAAGAGAGAUGGACAGGCGAAACGGCGAUAGAACCGCUCCUCUGCGGACACCCACGAUGGCCGGCGGACUGUUCUCCAUCGAUAAAGACUAUUUUUAUGAACUAGGAGCUUACGACGAGGGUAUGGACAUUUGGGGAGGAGAAAAUCUUGAAAUGAGUUUUCGGAUAUGGAUGUGUGGUGGGACAUUGGAAAUUGCCACGUGUUCGCACGUCGGUCACGUGUUCCGUAAAUCGACUCCAUACACCUUUCCUGGUGGUACGAGCAAGAUUGUCAACCACAACAAUGCGCGCCUCGCUGAGGUCUGGCUGGACCAGUGGAAAUACUUCUAUUACAACAUUAAUCCAGGUGCUCGAAACGUUCCAGUUGGCGACGUCUCGGAACGUGUCAAGUUGAGGGAGCAACUCAAAUGCAAGAGUUUCAGAUGGUACUUAGAGAAUAUUUACCCAGAAUCCCCGAUGCCGUUGGAUUAUUACUAUUUGGGUGAUAUAAAGAACGCCGAUCCUAACAAUCCAGAAAAGGUUCAGAACUACUGUCUAGAUACUAUGGGUAGACGAACCGGUGAAAACGUGGGAAUGAGUUAUUGUCAUGGACUAGGUGGCAACCAAAUAUUCGCAUACACGAAACGACAACAAAUAAUGUCAGAUGAUAUGUGCCUCGACGCGGCGAGUCCUCAAGGACCUGUAAAAAUUGUUCGCUGCCAUGGGAUGGGAGGGAAUCAAGCUUGGAUUUACAAUGAAGAGACCAAGAUGAUCAAACACGUUAACACAAAGCAUUGUCUUUCCAAACCUCGACCAAGCGAUCCAACGCAGCCUGUUCUAGCACCGUGCGAUUCAAAAUCUGUCGGACAAAAAUGGAUAAUGCAAAGCAAAUUCAAGUGGCAAGCCAGCUAAUAGCCGAUAAAGCUAAGCAAAGGGCAACUUAACUUCUUUCUGACUGUCAACAACGAGACCAGUGGCGUGAGAAUAUCUCACUAAAAUUAGAAUCUUCACCUCUGUUGACAAGCAAAUUUAAGUUUGACUGGUAAAUGGGUUACAUCGAGCCUAAUUUAGGGACGAAACUGACUUAUCAUAUUGUCGCGGUUUAUCGAGUUAAAAUACGAUUUUCGCUAUAGUGACAGAUGAGUGAUUAGUCAAAUGAUAGUAUAAAAUGACGUUUUACCAGAUUCAACAAAUCGCCAGGGCAAGCACAAACUCUUAAAGCAGAGAAGGCAUAUCAGAAUACUGUUAUUACUAAUAUUAAUUGUUAAUCCAUGUAGGCGAGAUAAAGUUAAGUGAGAUUACUGAUGAAAUCAGAAAGAAAUGUGAGUGAUUGCAAACGCGUAUGUGUGUUUAGUAUGGGAAGUGUGCAAUUGCGAAUAGAAUUGUAAUUGUUAAGUCCGACUGUAAGUACGAUGAUCCAAGCCUCCAUUUCCACACAGUGGUACAUUAAAAAUCUAAAAAUUGUGUAAAUUGUACAGCCGAUAUUCCAGAGUUUUUAAACUCUUCUUAAGUACGAGUAUGUUAUUUAUUGACAUUUUCGGCAUUAAUCAAUAAUAGAUAAACGUACGUGGGACAAUUGCAUCUUUUUAUACUGUUAUCAUAGUUCCUUGCUUCGCUUUUGCGAAGUAAUUAGGUUUAUAUGUGUACACAUAUGUAUACACCAGAGACCCAGAGAUUAUUUGCAUUUUGAAUUUUAUUGCCCGUUAAAAAUAGCACGUUCGCUGCUAAACAACUACAAACUUUUAUCUUAUAAAUGUCUUCCAUAAUUUUGAUCUACCAGCUCAAAUAAGUUUUCAUCGUAAAAAUACUUAUGCGAAUGCUUAUACUGCCUGAUUUUAUGGAAAAAAUUACUUAAUUAUGAAACAAAAUUAAUUUAAUUUCGUACGUCUUAUGAUAACAUCCAUUGUCGCUGACGUUUUGUAUUGAUAAUUGUUUAUAUUUAAUAUUGUAAUUAAUAAAAAGACUCAACUGAUAAUGUCAAAAAUCUUGGUAAGAUAAUUAUGGUGAUGGUGCACAUUGAAAUGAUCUUUAUAGCUUGAAUAUAUUUAACUAUUCGUUUUAAGGAUGUAUUAUUUAUUUUUGUACAAACCCUUGAUUCAUAUAAAUACGAGAAAUCACUGGAAACAUGGGACUUGUUGAUGUAGUUAAUAUGGAAAUUAUGUAUAUUCUAUAAUAAUAUGAUUAUAAAUAUCACAUGAUGCAUUGAUCCCACUAACGGCCUAAUAUUUAAAUUAAACAAGAACACUAAAUCGUGUUUUUGUAUAGUAGACAGACUAUUGUCAAUAAAUAUUUCUAAGUAAAAUUAUUAUUUCGGUUAAUUGAAUUGACCUGCUUUUUGUUACUGUUGAGAUUUCUGCAUUCAUGUAAAUAAUUCAAGAUAAUAAUAAUUAUGGAAAUUUCUAAAAAUAAUAACAUUAAUCGUGAAUAAAAUUACAUAUUCAUAGCAUGCAUUUUCGAUAGCUAAUAUACUUUAUGAAUGUAAGCUGCAGAACACUUACAUAGCAUACUUGACAGUUUACAAGUACCAUUUUAAAAGCUGAUCCCUACAAUACAUUAUCAUUUCAAAAAGCAUUAUAUUGGCUUACUUGCGUUAUAAAUAAAAAUGUAUUUUGUUUA